GAGGACUCGGCGCAGCUUCGUUUCAGCAUCCUUGAGCCCUUCGGAACUGCUGGUGACGCUCUAUACUCGUCGGCGUUCCCUCAUCAUUGCACGAUUGCACUUACCGUCCCCCUCUAGCUGCCAUCGGCGCUUUCCGGGCCCUACGAGCUCCAUUCCCCAGGGCCCAUCCAUCCAUCCCUCGCCGAGUUUCAGCCACUCAUGGGCUGACUCAUCCAUCCAUCCAUCGCCUUAAUUAAUUACCUUCUUAUCUUAUCUCUCUAUGGUGCUCGUGGCGCUGUACAGCAGCCUGCUUGUGUUAUCGCCCUCAUCGCUUUACUCGUGGACCACCUCCCAUGUGUGGCGGCUCAUGCACAAGGGCGUGACUUGGCCGGUGUUCGGGAAGGCGGGAUGGGUGCUGGCUCUCAACGCCGCGGCAAUCCUGAGUGGCGUGUCGAUGCAGCUUUCGCCCAUCCCGACGCUCAUGCAGGUGCACGCCAGCUCAUCCACUGGGGCGCUCGACGGCCUGCCGUUCGUCAUGCUCGCACUCUCAAGCGGACUCUGGUUCAUGUCCGUCCCUCGCCACUCACUCACUCAUUCACACACAAGCACACAGAAAUGAAUCAGUCAUUCAUUCAUGCCAUGGCAUGCACUACUUGCUGUGUAUGUCCCUCAGCUACGGGCACAUGUCAGGUGAUUUGGCCCUCGUGUGGACCAACAUCGUGGGCGUCUCCCUGGGCUUCGCCUACGUGGCGCUGUUCCACUUCUACUGCCACAACUCGGCCAGCCUGAUGCGGCUGAAGGUCUACCUCCAGGCCAUUGCCGUCUCCCUCCUCGCCCUCUUCGCACUCACACUCGCCUGUCCACGUCAACGGGCCGUGCAGGUGGUCGGCGCGGUGUGCUCUGUGCUGCAGAGUCUCACGUAUGCCGCGCCGCUGAGCACGGUGUGGGAGGUGAUUGCCAGCCGGAGCACACGGGCGCUGCCGGCACCUCUGUGCUGUAUGGGCUUCGCUUCCGCAUCCGUGUGGCUCAUUUAUGGGCUGGCCGUAUCCGAUGAGGUAGGUGACGAGAAUGGCAAUCACAGGAGGGAGAGGAGAACAGAGGCAUUGUGGACUGCUCGUCUGUGUGAGUGGAUUGGUUCUGUUGUGGUGUGUUGUGCUGUGUUGUGUUGUGUGCAGGUGUUGAUAGUUCCUAAUCUGCUUGGGGUGGUGUGCGGGGCGAUGCAGCUGUGUUUGCUGGCUCUCUACCGAGAAGAGCAAUACUACGCCCUCAAGUGACCGAUCCACGAGCCAGCCAGCCAGCCAGCCGUCUCUAAUCUCACAUGUGAUCGCAACGAACAGACUUGUGUAUACAUGCUUACACAUUGUUUGCUGUGAAUACCUCCCUACCUGCUGAUACAGGCGUUACUGAAUUUCACACCACCGAGUGUCCGUCAGUCACUCACUCACUG